AUGUCCAAGGUAACGGGGCCCGCGGCCCCCGGGCCGGCUGUGGCCACGGGGCCGGCGCCGAGCGGGAAGGAGAAGCGCUCCUUCAGCAAGAGGCUGUUCCGGAGCGGGCGGGCGGGCGGCAGCGGCGGCGGCGGCUCCCCGGCCUCGCCCUCCUCCGCCCGCUCGGUGGGCAGCUUCAUGAGCCGGGUCCUGAAGACGCUGUCCACUCUGUCGCACUAUAGCUCCGAGAGCCCCCCGCUGCCCGGCCGCGGACGAGCCCCCAGCGGCUCUCUCGGCCCCGUGGGCUUUCGCAGCUGCUUCCCGCCGGGGCCCGGGCCCGGGCCGGCCGCCCCGCCCCAGCGCUGCCCGCAGCAGCAGCAACAGCCGCCGCCGCCGCCCCCCGCCGCGCCCACGCCGCCGCCCCCGGCCGAGCUGCUGUGCCUGGCCGGGGGCGACCCGGUGCCCGGCGUGGCGGGGCUCAAGAACCACGGCAACACCUGCUUCAUGAACGCCACCCUGCAGUGCCUCAGCAACACGGAGCUCUUCGCCGAGUACCUGGCCCUGGAACAGUAUCGGGGCGGCGGCGAGCAGGAGACCCCCGACUCAUCUGCCCCGGAGGACGGCCACCAGGCCAACGGACUUCCCUUCUCCCGCAGCCAACAGGGCAAGGGCGAGGUCACGGAGCAGCUGGCACACCUGGUGCGGGCGCUGUGGACCCUGGAGUACACCCCGCAACAUAGCCGGGACUUUAAGAGCAUUGUCUCAAAGAAUGCACUACAGUAUCGAGGGAAUUCCCAGCACGAUGCCCAGGAGUUUCUGUUAUGGCUUUUGGACCGUGUGCAUGAAGAUCUCAACAAUUUUGUGAAACAGAGUGGCCGACCUCCCUUGAAGCCUCCAUUGGAAGAUGAUGUAGUGCCUGAGGGACCUUCCUUUCCAGUCAGUAGUACUUUUGUACAAGAACUUUUUCAAGCCCAGUACAGAUCUUCUUUGACUUGUCCUCAUUGCCAGAAGCAGAGUAACACCUUUGAUCCUUUCCUUUGCAUUUCUUUGCCAAUUCCUCUGCCUCACACAAGGCCUCUCUAUGUCACAGUUGUGUAUCAAGGAAAAUGCUCUCACUGUAUGAGAAUCGGGGUGGCUGUGCCUCUGUCUGGGACUGUAGCUAGGCUUCGGGAAGCAGUAUCUGUGGAAACGAAGAUCCCUACUGAUCAGAUUGUGUUAACGGAAAUGUACUAUGAUGGGUUCCAUCGCUCCUUUUGUGACACAGAUGAUCUGGAAACUGUGCAUGAGAGUGACUGCAUUUUUGCCUUUGAGACUCCAGAGAUAUUUAGGCCUGAAGGAAUUCUCAGUCAAAGAGGAAUGCAUCUAAGCAACAACCUGAACAGCUUGAAGUUUGGCAGUGACCACCACAGAAUAUCUUCUCAUGCACAGACAGCCACAAAACAAGGGAAACCAGAACUGCCCUCCACAAGAACAGGAAAUGACAAGAUUGUUCUGCUUGUGUGUAAUAGAGCAUGCACUGGGCAGCAGGGGAAAAGAUUUGGACAACCCUUUGUGCUACAUUUAGAGAAGACAAUAGCAUGGGAUCUCUUGCAGAAGGAGAUUUUGGAGAAGAUGCAGUAUUUUUUGAGACCCACAGUUUGUAUCCAGGUGUGUCCAUUUAGUUUGCGUGUUGUCAGUGUUGUGGGAAUAACAUACUUGCUACCACAAGAGGAGCAACCCCUGUGCCACCCAACUGUGGAAAGGGCAUUAAAAUCAUGUGGACAAGGUGGUACUGCUCAUGUAAAGUUAGUAGUGGAAUGGGACAAAGAGACAAAGGAUUACUUGUUUGUAAAUACAGAAGAAGAAUAUGUUCCUGAUGCAGAAAGUGUCCGUCUGCAGAGGGAACAUCAUCACCAGCCUCAGACUUGCACUUUAUCACAGUGUUUCCAACUGUACACCAAAGAGGAACAGCUUGCCCCAGAUGACGCUUGGCGUUGCCCACACUGUAAGCAGCUGCAGCAAGGAAGCAUAACAUUAAGCCUGUGGACCUUGCCUGAUGUGCUUAUUAUACAUCUGAAGAGAUUUCGACAGGAGGGUGACAGGCGAAUGAAGCUUCAGAACAUGGUGAAAUUUCCUCUAACUGGCCUGGAUAUGACGCCUCAUGUGGUAAAACGGAGCCAGAGCAGCUGGAGCCUCCCAUCCCAUUGGUCCCCAUGGAGGCGUCCCUAUGGACUAGGGCGAGAUCCUGAGGACUACAUCUAUGAUCUUUAUGCUGUGUGUAAUCACCAUGGGACCAUGCAAGGGGGGCAUUAUACAGCAUACUGUAAGAAUUCCGUGGAUGGUCUCUGGUACUGCUUCGAUGACAGUGAUGUACAGCAGCUGUCUGAGGAUGAAGUCUGUAAGCAGACAGCAUAUAUACUUUUCUACCAGAGGCGAACAGCUAUACCCUCAUGGUCAGCAAACAGCUCUGUGGCAGGUUCCACAAGUUCUUCACUUUGUGAACACUGGGUAAGCCGGCUUCCAGGGAGUAAGCAGGCCAGCGUCACUUCUGCGGCUUCUUCCAGGCGCACGUCUCUGGCUUCACUCUCAGAGUCGGUGGAGUUGACUGGGGAAAGAAGCGAAGAUGAUGGUGGAUUCUCAACUCGACCGUUUGUAAGGAGCGUGCAGCGCCAAAGCCUGUCAUCCAGGUCCUCUGUUACCAGCCCGUUGGCCGUCAAUGAAAAUUGCAUUCGACCCUCUUGGUCCCUGUCUGCUAAGCUGCAGAUGCGCUCUAACUCUCCAUCUCGUUUUUGUGGUGAUUCUCCUGUGCAUGGUUCUGCUUCUACCUUGGAGAAGAUAGGGGAGGCAGUCGAUGAUAAGGUCUCUAUCUCUUGUUUUGGUAGCCUAAGGAACCUUUCUAGUAGUUACAUGGAGCCCAGUGAGAGCCACAACAGGCGUGAGCACAGGGCCGUGGGUAGAGCCCCUCUGGCUGUCAUGGAAAGUGUCUUCAGAGAGGAAUCAGCUACCAGGAAAGUGACCUCAAGUCUUUGUGACACACAGAGCAAAAGCUCAGCACAAGGGGAACGAGUGCAUCCUGUUUCAGAUCCAUUCGAUAACAAUAAUCAGAUUGCCUAUGUUGAUCAGAGUGAUUCCGUUGACAGCUCCCCAGUCAAAGAGGCAAAGACUCCAAGUGGCUCUGGCUUACUUGUGGAAAAGUCAGACAGCACAACUAAGAAAUCCCCUACCUCCAAAGGGGUUUCUGAGCCAGAUAAAAGCCUGAGGAAAGGGAGGACAGUCUUGGCUCGCCAGGAGUCAUCUCUUUCAAACACAUCACCUACUUCUCCUGUUCCCUUAAAAAGUUCUGUAAAGACUUCUCGCUCCAGAAGCAGAGCAGAAUCUUCCCAGGUUAGUGGGCGCCACGCAUCCCCUGUUCCUGGUCAGUCCAAAAAGGAGUCAUCUACAAAAUCCCAGGACACUGUAGCUAUUCAGCAGAAGCAAAAGUUAGCUUCUUCCCCGGCUUCUAUUUCUUCCUCUACAGCUGCCAAAAAACCACCUCUGGGCUCUGCCACCAGGGGUCCCUCCUCUGCUGGGAAGAGUAGGACUUCAGACAGAAGCCUGAGCCGGGAAGGCUCCAAAAUAAGCCUUGGUUCUGACAAAGCCAGUGUCACAUCCACCUCCAAACCAAACUCCCCUCGAGUGGGUCAGUCCAAAGGAGGGGAGAGCAGAAUGGAUGGAAAGCAUGUUAGGAGUUCCUCCAUGGCCAGCCUGCGGUCUCCCAACCCAGGCAUGAAAUCAGGUUUGAAGAGGGACAGCAAGUCAGAAGACAAAGGACUGUCCUUCUUCAAAUCAGCUCUGAGGCAGAAGGAGACACGGAGGUCGACUGAUCUUGGGAAAACCACAUUGCUCACCAAAAAGUCAGGCGGAGGCUCCACCAAGUCGAUCAGCAAGAACACGGUGGAUGAGAAGUCAGAGAAAGGCAGCCAGCCACCGUCCUCCCAGCAGCCAAAUGCAAAUACUGUUUCAAAAGAGCAGCCUGCUUCCAAGGAUACUACUUCUGUAAAACAUUCCCUGCUUUCUACCCGAAGAUCCAAGUCUUCCCAGCUAGAUCCUGGAAAUCCCUUGUCUCCCAGUAGCAAGCAGUCUGCUGAGAAAUCUUUAAAAAAAUUACCUUCUAGCAUGCACACCUCUGCACGGCCUUCUCAAAAACCUCAGUGAGAUUUCUGCAAACCAGGUGUUUUAUCUGUAAAGACACUUAUUUAUUCAGAAUCGAGAACUCUAUUUUCGUUCCCUUUCCCUGAUAUCUCUCCUCCCCCGGCCCCCUGCUUUUGUUUUGUAAUUUUUGGUUCAUGUGCCUAAUGCGUGUGUGUGAGGAGAACUAAACUGCAGUGUGUUUGAAGUGUCUCCUUAUUCUGCCAUCAAACCAAAUAAUAGCCAUAGGCAAAGAAAGCAGUGAUACCAAGUUAACUGGAAUAAUUGUAAAAAGCAUAAUCCUGGACUGCCUCUUAGCACUUGUGCGUAUUCUUUCUAGUGAAACGCCACAACUUUUUGUCAGACACUAGGGUUUUGAAACCUGUGAACCAUUUAUUCUGUAAGUAGUCUAUGCUCUGUAGAACUGUGAAAUAAUAUGAUUUUGGGUUUUUGCCUGAGCAGAAAUGAUCCUCAUUGAUUUGUGGAUUGUCGUCUAGUGUGGUAAGACGUAGAAGCUGACAGUGAAACUGAGAGACCGUUGUUGCUUCUGCUCUUGCCCCUUGUGUUCAGUCUUUUUUAAAGGGCAAUAUUUUAACACUAAUGUUGUUUCUCAGGUAUAUAUACUCAGCUAGUAUAAGAGGGAUGAGCAUUAGUGAAUGAACUGAAUAUAAAGGUAACCUUUCAUGUGUGAAUGUAUGUAAUUUUCUCUUAGCAUCAUGGAUGUCAGCUUUUUGAGAUGUAAAGAAUCUUUUGUUACUGUCAUAUUGGUAAAGAUGUGUGUAUACCUUAGCUGGCUAUCCCUUGACUCUUGGACAUAGUGCUAAGAGGUGGUGAAUUGGAUAGCAAGAAGCUAGUCAGUAUCCAUUCUUUUUUCCCCCCUCCAUUGGAGUUCUGAAAUAUAACCACUCAUCAGCAUCUUCUAAGUUGUACCCUGAUAAUAUGAGUUAUUUUUUUUAAACUGGAAACAUGUACCUGGUGGUGCGAAUGAUGCCUGGGUGAUGUAUAGAUGUACCACUCUCCCUCUUUAGCUGCCACUCCUUGUCUGUAAACAGAAGAAUCGCAUCUUGCCUUUUGGAGAUGUGCUUCUGUUUCUGUAUCUCUCAGCCCAAUGCCAAAAGUGAGCAACGCAGUAUCAAGGCUCAGUGUAACACAAUAUUAAAUACCUUUUUUUUAAAAUGUUUCUUUGUAAGGCUUGAUUAUAACCAUGUUUUCCAGCAAACAGUUCCUCUUCUUUGCUGUUAUAGGUUUUAUCUGCCUUGAUCCCCUCCCCAAAUCUUUAGUCAAAACUAAAGCUUAUUCCGCAAGGCAACGAAUUACCUUUGUUGUUUCAAAAAUGAAAACAUCUCUCACCUUGCUCAGUUUACAGCGCUCGCAUAGAUGCUUCAUUUUUUUUUUAUUGUAUAGACAUAUUCUGGCUUCAUGAUUCUCUUAUCUUCCUUAUGAGAGCUGUAUAAUCUGGCUUCUUUGUGAAGCAGACUUUGCUACAAUACAGGGUGGGAUGUGCUGUGUUUCAUGUUCAUAUAACUCCAGUUGGCAUGUUUUCUCAUAUCAGUGUUUUUCCAACUCAUAAAUUCAUCCAACUCUACACAAACUUAGACCCAUGUGUAAUCUUUCCUAUUUAAUAACUAGAGCAAAUAGUUUUAUUCAUCCUGUGGUAUCCUUUGCUCAAAUUUUUUUCUUUUUUGGGUUGGGGAAGAUUGGGAAAUGUUGGCAUCAGGUCACUUGUCUUGCAUAAUUGCUAAUUUGAGCAUAAAGGUGACUAAUAGACCUGGAAACCAUUCAUGUAAGGGUAGCCAAAGAUCUAAGCCCUUGUAAUAUUUAAAAUUCUUUUCUAUUCAGCUUUGUGAGUAUUUUUGUAAUGCUCACUGUAUUUCAUUUAUCAUGACCUUGCUGGCAGUAGCAUUCUGCCCGAUAAUCCCAGUUUGAUUGCCAUUUCUUCUCUGUGUAGUAUAGGCAUCUAUCCCAUGCCAAAGCAGCGUUGCUCUCUGGUUCUCCUGUUCUUUGGCUUCUGGACAAACUCCUUUAGGUGUUGUUUCUACUUUACUGGUAUGUUGAGUUUUGCAUAGUUAACUUUCCUCAGGACAACAUUUUAAACCCAGUGUGAUCGUAACACUCCUCUCCAGCCAUAGUGUAGGUUUUCUAUAAUCAAAAAGGGCAUAAGAUAUGAACAGUGUCAAACACAGCUGAAUAAGUUCUCAUGAAGCUUCUGUUCCUUUGAAUAUAGGAUGGAUUUGAUUCAGAAGGGUCACAUCAUUGAAACUUGUAAAGCAGCGUUAGAGUAAUUACAGUAAUUUCUUUUGGAGAGGAUUUAUUUUGGUAGUUGCCAGUGAAAUAGUUAAGCCUGAAUAGAAAUUAGCUUCAUUUCCACACAGAAACUUAAAUUUUGAAUUUUUUUUUGGUUUUGUAUAAGAAUUGAAA